AUGGGUAAAUCCUCAAAGGACAAGCGAGAUGCUUACUACCGCCUCGCUAAGGAGCAGAAUUGGCGCGCGCGCUCCGCCUUCAAGCUUAUCCAAAUCGACGAACGAUUCGACCUCUUCGAGCACGAAAACCCAGACAGUGUAACAAGAGUUGUGGAUCUGUGCGCUGCACCGGGAAGUUGGAGCCAAGUUCUCAGUCGAGUAUUGAUCAAAGGCGAGAGCUUCGGGCGACGAGCAUGGCUAGAAAAGAAGCGGAAAGAGCAACAAGGGCUAGAAGGCACGCAGCCAGCCGACGAUGAAAUGGACUGCGACGAGCCCUCAAGCGCUGAACUGAAACCCCGGAAAAACGUCAAGAUUGUCUCUAUCGAUUUGCAGCCCAUGGCUCCCCUCGAAGGCAUCACUACCCUCAAAGCUGAUAUCACACACCCCUCUACAAUCCCUCUUCUUCUACGAGCCCUGGACCCAGAAGCAUACGAACAACCUGCCACACCCUCUGACACCCCUUCUCCUGCCCCGCAGGCCAUCAGGGAACCCCAUCCCGUCGACUUGGUCAUUUCAGACGGUGCCCCCGAUGUAACAGGCCUCCACGACCUGGAUAUCUAUAUCCAGUCACAACUUCUGUACGCAGCCCUUAACCUGGCAAUGGGCGUCUUACGCCCAGGUGGCAAGUUUGUCGCCAAGAUCUUCAGAGGUCGCGACGUAGACCUUCUCUACGCCCAGCUGCGCACUGUCUUCGAGCGCGUGAGCGUCGCAAAGCCACGGAGUAGUCGCGCCAGCAGUCUGGAAGCAUUCGUUGUCUGCGAGGGCUUCAUCCCACCCGUCAGCGACAGCGGCGUAGUGGGAAUGGCCGCAUUGAAGAACCCGCUUUUCGGAGGUGCCGCGGCCCCAGUGCCUGUGUCAACAGAUGGGGAUGUUGGCGUUGAGGUCCGUGAAGAGAUUGAUCAGCUUGCGGAUUCUCGUGAGACUACUUCCAUCUCAAAAGCUUCCGCGCCCAACCAUACUACUGAAGUUCGGCAUCUGCAAACGACGACUUUUGCGCCGGAUCAGCCCCAGAAAUUGACGAAUAGGUUCGCUGUUGAGAAUCGGUGGAUUCCUUCAUUCAUCGCAUGUGGUGAUCUCUCCGCUUGGGAUUCGGAUGCUACUUACACUUUGCCUCCGGACUAUGUGAACCUGGAUCCUGUUCAACCGCCUACUGCGCCGCCUUAUCGGCAGGCAUUGGAGUUGAGGAAGUUGAAAGGUGGCGCAUAUGGAAAAACCAAGUUUGGGCCUGCUGCUCGGGCUUGA